AUGUUAGCCUAUGAGGUUUGGUAUAAUGAGGAUGCCAAGCUGGUUAGAGAAGAUAAAAGGCCAGCCAAUCCUGACUCAACAAUCAACACAAAAGAGGCUGUUACAGAACUGCAUGAUUUUAAAACAGGUAUCAGGUAUGUCAUUGACCAGCUUGGGGGUUGCCAGAUACACCCUUUGGACUUGGUGGCCUCGGACACACAGGAGAACAUGGACUUGUACAAUUAUAAUAAAUCUAUUGUUGUUGAUAUUCGGGAUCCCAUGAGAUUCUUCAGCUUCAAUGAUGACUAUAAAUUUGUUGGCCAGCGAACAGCCCGAGGAAUAAUUUGUGAUGUUUUUAGCAAUAUUGUACCAGAUUUCCCUGCACUAGGAGGCAAAGUGAAUGCCACAAUGGAAUAUUAUUUCAUGUCUAGUAAUUGGAAUGAUCUACCCCUGGAUGGCAUGGAUACAGAUGCAAGAGCAUAUCCAGUCCAACUAGUUAUAACAGCUCCAUCUGUUUACUACACCAGAAUCUACAACUUCUUUGAUUAUGCUCAAGUUUAUCCUUUAAAUCUUGCAUUCGAUGCCUCUCCUUGCUUUGAAGAGAACCAAAGAUUGAGGUUUAAGUUGACCUUCCCAGGUAAUUCUGCGCCUGGUCAAACAGAACAGUGGAAGGAGGCUGUCUAUCAUGCACUAGCCAUUCACAUGAAGGUCAAUCCUAUCAGAGUGACCGGUCUGUCUGUGGAGACGUCAGAUUUUAACACCUAUGUCAGUGCCAUGCUACUGGGGACAUCUAACGCUGCAAUGUUUGAGAAAAUCCAAUGGCCAAGCAUAGAGCGUACAGAUUCCAAAGUAUACAAAGGUAUCACCAUGCCAGAUGAGUGUGCUAACUUGUGCAUCAACAACACAGACUUCAUAUGUAAUGGCUACCAGUACUGCCCAAGUGAUGGCUAUGCUUGCAGACUGCUGAGAGACAGAGUGCCAUCAACUCCAGUCUUAGAGAAUGCCACAGCCUGUGACGCUUUCACACGAACUGUUGACUUCAAGGCUACCCAGGAGCCUAUAAUCAAAGACGCUUAUGCUAAUUUGGUGGACGCCAUCAACACAGGCUUGUUCCAGGUUGAGGUGAUGAAUCCAUCAACAAACUCCCCAGAUAUGUUUAAAGCCAUAGAUGUUGACAUAAUAUCAGGUCAACCAAUGAAAACAAAGCCUUUGCCUUCAAUGCCUCAACAGUUCUCCUAUAGAGUGGAGAAUGUGGUGCCUGCAAUCACAAGGGUUGUGGAGACAUUUGUAUGGUAUGACAGCCUCCUAGAUAUAGUUCGCUUUGAUAGCAGAGACCCAGAUCAAGAUAAUCCUUACAUGACAACAUACAUUCAUGACUUCACUACUGGUGUGGCCUAUGAGAUCAAUGACGUUACAAAAAAAUGUAAAAUCUCACCCCUAAGCCAGGGUGCCUUCGAUGUGGUCACAGGUAAACCAUCAACUGAUGGAAGCCAGGUGGUGUCCAUGAAGUCACCUCAGAGCAUGUUUUACCUGGACAAUAGCUACAGAUAUGUGGGUCAGAAAACAGUCAGGGGCAUAGUGUGUGAUGUGUUUGAGUCAAAGAGAGGGGACUUCAAAGCUGAUGCCUACAACAUCACUGACACCAGUAUUUUCAAGUACUACUUCCAGGCUGAUGACUGGGACUAUGUGUCCCCAGACAGUACUGAUAUCACCAAGAGCAAACCAGUUAUGCUAGAAAUAGAAGAUGUGACCGUAAGUUGA